AUGGUUGCAUCUAUUUCUUGUCUCCAUUCAGGAGUUUGUUAUGCUGAAUUUGGAGUUCGGGUACCCAAAACAACAGGCUCCGCCUACACCUACAGCUAUGUGACGGUGGGGGAGUUUGUAGCUUUUUUUAUUGGAUGGAACCUAAUCCUUGAAUAUCUGAUUGGUACAGCAGCUGGUGCCAGUGCUCUCAGCAGCAUGUUUGACUCCCUGGCCAAUCACACCAUCAGUCACUGGAUGAUUGACAGCGUUGGGACUUUGAAUGGAUUGGGUAAAGGGGAAGAGUCCUACCCUGAUCUACUAGCUUUGGUUAUUGCAGUGAUUGUAACUAUCAUCGUUGCUUUGGGAGUGAAAAACUCAGUAGGACUGAACAAUGUGUUGAAUGUGAUCAAUUUGGCUGUGUGGAUCUUCAUCAUGAUUGCAGGAUUUACCUAUGUGAAUGGAGAAUACUGGUCUGAGGGGCAGUUCCUGCCAUUUGGAUGGUCAGGGGUACUACAAGGGGCAGCCACUUGUUUUUAUGCCUUCAUUGGUUUCGACAUCAUUGCUACUACAGGAGAAGAAGCCAAGAGUCCCAAUACAUCUAUCCCAUAUGCCAUCACUGCUUCCUUGGUCACAUGCCUCGUGGCAUAUGUAUCUGUGAGCAUUAUCUUAACACUGAUGGUGCCAUACAAUGAAAUCGAUACGGAAUCACCCCUGAUGGAAAUGUUUGCAGCUCAUGGAUUUUAUACGGCCAAGUUCAUAGUUGCUAUUGGAUCCGUUGCUGGGCUCACUGUGAGCUUGCUGGGCUCUCUCUUCCCAAUGCCUCGAAUAAUUUAUGCUAUGGCUGGUGAUGGACUUCUCUUCAGAUUCUUGGCCCAUGUAAGCUCUUAUACUGAGACUCCCGUAGUAGCGUGCAUUGUCUCAGGAUUUCUAGCAGCGCUUCUCUCCUUGCUAGUGAGCCUGAGGGACCUGAUAGAGAUGAUGUCCAUUGGUACUCUGCUUGCCUACACAUUGGUCUCCGUGUGUGUCCUACUUCUGCGGUACCAACCGGAGAGCGAAAUCGAUGGCUUCGUCAAAUUCCUUUCUGAAGAGCACACCAAAAAGAAAGAAGGGAUUUUAGCUGACUGUGAAAAAGAAGUUUGUUCUCCGGUUAGCGAAGGGGAAGAUUUUGCAGGACCCCUCACCAACACCUGCGGUGCAAAGAACCUCCCUUCCUUGGGUGACAAUGAGAUGCUAAUUGGAAAAUCAGACAAGCCAACCUACAAUGUCAACCAUCCCAACUAUGGCACAGUUGACAUGACCACAGGAAUAGAAGCAGACGAGUCUGAAAAUAUCUAUCUCAUCAAGUUGAAGAAAUUGAUAGGACCACGAUAUUACACUAUGAGAAUCCAUCUUGGGCUGCCAGGGAAAAUGGACAGGCCUACAGCAGCUACAGGCCAGACUGUUACCACUUGUGUCCUCUUGCUGUUUGUCCUUAUGUUUGUCUUCUGCUCUUUCAUUAUCUUUGGAGUGGACUAUCUUUAUGACCAAAGCUGGUGGGCUAUUCUUCUGGUGGUCCUCAUGGUUCUGCUGAUCGUUAUGUUGGUUUUUGUUAUCCUUCAACAGCCAGAAAACCCCAAAAAACUGCCUUACAUGGCUCCCUGCCUGCCUUUUGUCCCUGCGUUUGCUAUGCUCGUGAACAUCUAUCUCAUGCUGAAACUUUCAAAGAUCACUUGGAUACGGUUUGCUGUCUGGUGUUUUGUGGGGCUGCUGAUUUAUUUUGGCUACGGCAUAUGGAACAGUACGCUGGAAAUCACAGCUCGAGAAGAAGCUUUGCACCAAAGCACUUACCAGCGUUACGAUGUUGAUGUGGAUCCAUUCUCCAUUGAAGAAGGACUUGACUCCGCUGGGAAUGAAAAGUAUCAGGACUGGGAUCCUGCUGAUGAUAAAGGUUUCUCUUACCAGCAGAUGGCUGAAGGAAAGGAAAGCAGUCGGACAAGUAGCAAAUCAAAGAACAAAGCCAAACACAAACCGAACUCAGAUGCAUUGAUCUCUAAUGAUGAGUUAGACUACUCACCAGAGUAGUUGCGAUAGAAAUUCAACCAUGUCAUUUUAUUUUAUUUGGUCACUUGGGCUGAAAUCCAGGGGGGGGCUGCAUUCACACAACAACUGUUCAACCCAGUUACUGGAUUCACUCAUUUGGGGGACUAAUAGUAUGAACCAUGGUGGCCUAACUCAAUAAGCAUUUCCACAACGUGGCAAGCUUCACGAGUUAGUAGCAAGCUCAACAUAUUGUGCAAAUGCAUUUGUUAGGUCUUUAAAUGACCCGGUUAAGAGUGUUGUGUGAAUCGAGGCCGCAACUUCUUUUAGCUCUCAUUUGAAACCCUUCAUUCUUAUCAAGGUUUGGAUCCUUCUGCCAGUAAUUCUUUCACUCACUCUCUGCUGCUCAGGAUGGUUCUGUCAAGGGUUCAUCCUGAAUCCACCAAAGGUCCAACUAAAGGAAUCAAAACUGAUUUCUCUAUACACCACCCUCCCAGCCCUGAUGUUAUUUCAUUUGAUGUUGACAGCAACUGAUCCUUUAUACAACCUAGAAGAGCUUAUGAAGCCUUUCUAGGAAACCCAAUGCAUGAAAUGCCUCCUGUUGUUGCACUGACUUAAGCUUUUGCCACAAAAGGCAUCCGACACACUAUCAGCAACUUAAAUCGGGUUCCAUUGGUAGAGAAAACGUUAAUAUUUCCAAUGCUUUCCUCACGAACAGGAGCAGACAAUCUUUUUUUGUAUUCAAAGACCAUGUUUCUUUUCCUCCUCCUCCUCCUCACCUCUGUGGACUUCAGAUGGCAUGACAGUGAUGUUGUGACAUCAUCCUAGGGGAUCAAGCGACAACAUUGCUAAAUUAAGGAGAAGGGUUGGAGGCACUGGAAUUUAAUUGUAAUAGAUAUGUUGAAAUUAAUGGCAUCUUAAUUACAUUGAUUCAGGUUUUUAUUGUUUUCUGUGAAAAGUUAUGUUCUGGGGGAGUGGAAAGAAGGCUAGGAGACAAAUAAGGCCAAAGGAUAUGAGCUGAAGGCCCUUGCUGUAGAAAAUGUGCCCAGGCUGGUGACUAUCAAAGUCAUCUGGCAAAUAGAUAAGACUUCCCUUUAUUUAAAGAUAAGAUUGACAAAUCAAGCUGAUAUGUUCAGGAGGAAACUAUAGUAUGUUCCCAAGGACACAGAGAAAAUAGAGAUCCAGUGGUUGGGUAAAACAAGUGCAUCUUUUCACAUACCGAAACAUUACUUGCACUUUGGCACAUUUUAACUUUUUCCCAUUUGGAUUUUGAUUCCAUACUUAUUUUUUGUUUGUUUGUGCCACCUUGGCUAAUCCCCACUGGCUUGAGUUUGUUUCCUGGUGAAUCAUGGUUGUCUAAAGAGUAUGGUCAUAAAAGCCAGGAUGCCAUCUCAAUUGGUGCAACCAAAGUUCUACUUGGUUUGUAUCUGCGUUACAUUGCCCAUGAAAACAAGCAGAGCUUCAAUUGCACCAGCACAUUUGCCUAUCUUGACAAUUAUGAUCAUUCCUUGAAGAUACCAAAGUGAUUAAUUAUGACGGCACUACAUGAAUAGGACUAGAUUUGCAUCUCGGUUAGAUUUUGGGUUGGCUUCUUUGAAAAGCUUAGUCUUUUUUUUUUUUAGACACGAGGAAAUUUGGUUAUCCAUAUUCUCUGAUGUAAGUUAUAUAGAUCAGAACAGUACACAUUCUGUACAAUGACAAUAAAAAGUCAGUAGCAUAACAGCAAAUGCUGAAAUUCAGUAGAAUUACACAUUACUGUUCUUUUUUAUCCUAUACUAGUUUAGAUUAAGGUAGUGGAAAUCACAAUUGAUUACUUCCUUACAGAAUAAAGUUUUCCUGCAUGGACAAUAUUGGACAUGUCAUUAAAGCUCUUCUACCAUGUAAUUUCCUAAGCACAAAAAAAAAAAAACCCUUAUUUUAUUGUUAAAAUCAUAAGAAUAAGGUUAUGGACCAGGACUAUCUCAGUGCAGCAUUUUGUUUCUCACACUGGCCAACUUGGUGUUUCCGAGAUGCUUAAGCAACUGAUAGAGACACCUCCUCCCACAAAUUCUUCUCUGCAAUUCAUAUUUGGAUGCAUCUAUAGAACCGGUGCGAACCGGGGGGCAACCCACCGCUGCCCUAAAACCAUCCAAAUCAGUAGUCAUCACCAUGACUUGUGGCAAUCAAUUCAACAUGUGAAUGAGUUGCUGUAUGAAGGAAGUGCUUAAUUUUGCUCUUCAAAUGCUCUUUCUCAUCAGCUUCAUUGGAUGACCUGUAGUGUUUUGAGAAAGUGUGGGACAACUUGUCUCCAUGCAUGCAUUGCUUUUGUGUAGUUCAGGCAAGAUACCUUCAGAUGCAUGUUUUCUAUGCUAAGGUCAUGGCGGCGCAGUGGUUAGAGUGCAGUACUGCAGGCUACUUCUGCUGAUUGCUGGCUACCUGUAAUUUGGCAAUUCAAAUCUCACCCAGGCGCAAGGUUGACUCAGCCUUCCAUACUUCUGGGGUCAGUAAAAUGAGGACCCAGAUUAUUGGGGGCAAUAUGCUGUCUCUGUAAACCGCUUAGAGAGGGCUGUAAAAGCACUGUGAAGCGGUAUAUAAGUCUAAGUGCUAUUGCUAUUGCUAAGGUAAGGUCCCAAAUUUCUUUUCCUUUAGGACGGGUGUCCAAGUCAUUUAGCUUGUCCUUUUCUGCCAGAUUUGUCCAGAUGUAUUAUAUCGUUUUACAAUGUGACCACCAGAAUUGUCCACAGUGUUCCUAACAUGGAUUUAAUAUGGAGUUAUAUAAAAGCAUUACAAUAUAUUCCAAUUUCCUUUUUUCCUUUUAUUCUUUAUUUUUUCUUUGUUUGGGCUACCUUUAUCCUGCCUUCUUAAUUUUUCCUAUACUCCUUAACAUUACAGUAGGGGUGUCAAACUCGCAACGACAUGCUGUUGUCAUGGGACGUAUCAACUUUUCUUCCUUCGCUAAACUGGGGUAGGCGUGGUCAGCGUGACGCAUCCAGACCACAGGCCGUGAGUUGGACACCCCUGCUUUAUAGGCUCUUUGGAAUUAUUAGAAAUCUUCUGGAACUGGAUUGACCCUUCCUGAUAUUGUAGAAUGCAUUCUAGUUGAGUCUUAUUAUGACUUUAAAUAAUUUAUAGACAUUAUUGAGUGAUGUGACCCACUUAAUCCUUCCUUUCCAUCUUUUAUUCACCAAUAUCCUUGGCUUUAGUUCUUCCCUUUUGUAGUCAGAUGUAAUUGCAUUGAACCCUGCAAGUAAUUUCCCAGUUGGAUGUAGGGUUUAUGUAACAACAUUGUGUUCACCGCUUGCUACCAUCUCUACAACACUUAAGUCUUAUAUGAGAUCAUGGUCAUCAUCACUGUGGAUUAAAUCUAGGAUUGCUUUUCCUUUGUUGAGUUCCAAGAUCAACAGAGUUAAUUCAUAGUCAUUUGGGAAAUUUUGACUUCUUAUCCAAUGCAUGAAUGUAGCCAAUCUCUGGUGAGACUCAUUGACCAGACCUUCAUCCCCCAGUAACAUCAAGCAGCUUCUCAAAACUGUGCGUAAUGUCUGUAGCAGUGGUGAAAUGCACUUACCUUCACUACCGGUUCGGAAAUGUAAAAGUGCGCACGUUGCUUUUCUCAUGUGUGCCUCUUCUGCGCAUGCGCAGAGGGUCAAAAACAGGAUGUAAUGAUGUUCCGGCGGGUGGGUGGAGCCUCCCGCUGCUGGCCCUGCUGGUUUGCGCGAGCCGGAUAGAUCCGUCUGAAUUUCACCACUGGUCUGUAGUCUUCAUUAAGAAGACAAAUUAACAUGCAAUUUAUACAUCCAUCACUUGACCCAUCUCUGCUUCUAAUAUCAAAUUGCACACAACCAAAAACUUCUACCUUUCCCUGGAGAAGUAAUCAGGUAUGAUAGAAUGUAAAUUUAUUACCCAGUGAUUAGGUCCCUUUAAAAGAAAUACCUUAUUCAUUCUUGAGAUGAUGUCCUUCUUCAUAAGGAUCUUCCCUUUACCUUCAUAGCAAAGGAGCUACCAUUCGGAGUGUGAGAUGAGGCUACAUACCUCUCUGAGCAUCUCCAACUCAGCGACCUUGGUUUCAAAGGAAUGGACUUGUUUUUAAAAACAGAGAGCUCACUACAUUGAGCACCAUUAUAUAACAUUACACACCCAAUAGACAGCUUGUCAAAUAUUUGGCUUCCUCAAAGAGUGGCAAAUUUACCCUGAUGGGUUUUUUUCCCCCUCUGGGAGAUUAGUAUGAUCCUUCCCCACUAAACUUCCUUAGAAAAUUCCUCUGUUUUCUCUUGUUUUCUUCUAUUUAUUUGUUCCGAUAAUAAGUUCCCAAGUGCCUCUUAAGAGCCUUGCCUGAGGCUGAGAUGUUCCUUGUCAUUUUUAUGAAAUCUCCUACUAAAUGUCUCUUUUAUUCUGCUGUAUGUUUCUGCUGAUCAGACAGAUCAUCUCAACAAUAGACCACUAAAAAGCGGGGAGGGGCUUUCCUUCUGAAAAAAUAUAUAGAAAAAUGGGGCUAUUAUCUUGCAGUCCUACCUGAGAGAAUGCAUCUCUUUUCCAUUCCAUUCCUUUGCUUCUGCAGCCAUUAAAACUAACCCUACACCAAAUUCUGUAGCCCAGGUUUAUUGAUAGGACUAAGACUCUGUAAGACUCAAUAUGAGCCUCACUUUUCUUCAUCCCUUUGAGAUUCACACUUGGAGUCUUAUGAAAACCAUGAGUUCACAAGUAGGAGAUUGCAAAGCUCUUGACUUAAGCCCGUCAUCAUCUAUUGAAUGUAUCUGCUGCCCAACUCCCAGCAACUCUAAAGCAAAGCUCAAAUGAAUAUUUUCAUAAGACGCGUAGGAGACUCAUUUCAUUCUGGUUUUUUUCCAAGUUUCUAUUUAGCUGCAACAAGAUAUCCCUGUCUAUGCCACCCUUCUCCAAAAGAUCUUCUUCUUUAGCUAUAAUAAAAUAGGACUUUGAACAAGAAUAGAGAAACCCUACGACAUUUCUAUGGCUUAAAUUCUCAAGAGUCCUAAGCAACAAAAACUCAACAAUAAUAGAAUUUGUAAUCAAACAUCUAGAGGAACAACAGCCCCCCAUCCUUGUUCUAGAGUCCCUCCUGGUGUUGUCAACCCAAGCCAAAAUGGCUAAUGAUCAGAAAUACUAGCAGUUGUAGUUCAAGUGAAACCACCACUUACCCAUCCAGACUAACAAAGCUAGGCUGAAGUUGGUCAUUUCUAUUGGGAUCAAUGUCAAUUUAAUAUGCUAUUGAUAAUAAGAUUUAGGGAAUAGGUGAAGACUUUGUUGUUCUGUGGUACAGGAAAAUAAAUUAAUUCUUCUUUAGCUCAGAUCGUGGUGCCAUGGCUGCUGUUUAACUUUCUAAACUACACAUGAAUUACAAAUUUGGAGAUUUUGUCAUGUUUGUUCCAGAUAUUUAAUUAUCAAUGUUUUCUUGCUCCAAUAUUGAUUUGAACUAAAUUCUUCUCUCUUAAAAAAAAAAUUGUCCUUUAUGAAGCCCCUUCCCAAGUUUUUUUGCAGAGCUGUGUUGGAACCAGAUUUAGAAGUUUUUAGAACCAACUCAAUAAAACCAGUAGAACUCAACUGGCCAUACCUACCUUGAGAACCAUUGAUAGAUCUCCUCUAUUCUCAUCAUUACAAAUAAUUGCUGUUCAGAGUUCUGCAUCCCAGUUCAAACCCUAAUUUGAAGAUGUAAUAACCAAUUUCAAUACUUCACAACUAGAAAAGUAAUCUGUUUUGCAUGUAGACUUACGAUGUACCGCAGGGGUGAAAUCUACUUACCUUCCUUACCGGUUCUGAAGUGCACACACAUGUGCAUGCAGACCUUCUGUGCAUGCACAAAACCUUCUGCGCAUGUGCAGGAGAUAAAAAACACAUUACUUCCUAGUUAAAACUGGGUAACCGAACCACCGGCCAAGAUCGCUACCAGAUCGGGCGAUCUGGUCCAAUCCGGGAGCAUUUCACCCCUGAUGCACCGUUAGAAGCUGUUUGCCUUGGACGUGCUUCAUUGGGAUGGCUCUCUUCCAGGGGUAAAAUUCACUUACCUUCACUACCGGUUCACAAAUGUAAGCGCGCAUGCCUCCUCCACGCAUGCGCAGAGCCUUCUGUGCAUGCGCAGAGGGUAAAAAACGGGAUGUGAUGACGUCUGGGCGGGAGGGCGGAGCCUCCCACCGCUGGCUCUACCGGUUCGCCCGAGCCUGAUAGAACUGUCUGAAUUUCACCACUGCUUUCCUCCCUGUCUUCCUUGACUGCUACCACUAAAGUCAUGGAAACACUUUCUAAGGUCAAAGCUACAACCAAAAACAGGAUACAGUAUAGCUCAAUAUCGCUCCGCUGCUCUUUAUGAAGGAAACCAUGAGAAUCUAUCAUGGAUCAAUCUUUGGAUGGAUUUUGAUAGCAUGGAAUCGGUUUGCACAUGCAUGAUUAUCUUUAGGUGACUGUGGCAUCGAUUGGUCACCUGCAUGUGCCAGUGAGCCAUUUCUGGUCAAACGGCAGAAAUGAAGACCUCCAUGUUAGCUUCCAUCAUCACAAGCACAUUGCUUUUCCUGGGAUCCGUUCCACACAUACAAAGCAAAGUAGUCAAUGCCAGUCAAGUGACAUGUCUGUGCAACUUAUGUAUUUGUUUGCCCUGUCAGGAGAUACUGUGUAUGCUCUUUCCCAUGUAUUCGUUAUGGGAAAGGAAGCCCGAUGCAUGCCCUGUCCUGCACAUGCCGUGUGGCUGUUCUUUGGAAGCAAACGAAAGGCUCUUGAGAGCUGCUUGCGUCACUCCUGUGUCCACAGUGAACCAGUGGAAAAGAGGCAGGGAUCCUGCAAUUAUUUAACCAUAAGGCCCUUUACUCAAGCUUUGUUGCUGCAAAAACGACUGUCACCGUGUGUCAAACAAAGGCAUUUUGUAUUCAACAUGCAACUAGUAAAAUGGUCUUUGCUGCAUUGAUUUCGGUCAGUCUCAAUAUUGUCUCCUUGGAAGUUGUUUUUGUUUUUGUUUUACAGGUGGCAUUUCCUGCUGUGAACAUUUAUUUGCACUUCUUCUAUGAAAUCGAUGUGUUUGUUUAAAAGGGAAAAAAAAAACUUGUUCUCUAUUUAUUUUUGUGAUUCCCAAACCCUGUUGGUGUACUAUGCAAUGGGCUUUUGUGGUGUGUCAUGAUGACAGUUUAUGCAGAUAUCUUAAUGAAGUGACCUUUAUUUUGAGAAUGAUUGUGUUGUUGAUUAUUAUAUAAUAUAUACAAAUAUAAUGAUGUCAAAAGACACUUGGAAAAGAAAUCUAUAUUUACCAAAUGUCUAUAUUUUAAUAGAUGCAUAAUGCUUCAUUGUGUGCCUUUAUAUUUACAGAAAAACAGGGAUGGGGUUAAAAAAAAAAAGGCAACAUCUCAGCUGAAUUGUCCAUAGGUUUUAAAUUGAAACAUUAAACCAAAAAAAGAGAAGAAGAAAACUCUAUAUUGAUAUAUAUAUAUAUACAAAUAGUUCUUAAAAUGACCAAUAUCAGAAGAUCUGGUGUUUUUCAGCACUAAAGUGAAUUAAAUACAAACAGAUUAUGCCUUAAGAACCUGGAAAUAUGUCCUUUGUAGAAUAGUAGUUGAAAUGAGUUGACUUUGGGGAUUUAUUUGCAUUGUUGAGAAAGGAAAAUGGUAUUAGAUUUCGCAAUAAAACUUGGAAAACAACAACAACAA